AUGAAGAUCCUUUUAACGUUUGUGUGCAUUAUAGCGAGAAGUAGUUCGCUGUCUUUAAUAGAAUGCGGCAGUGAUGCCCGGCGUCCACAGAUGGACGAUAUUUCUGUGGAGUGCGGCACUACCUCCAUCGGCCUGGCCAUCCAGAUCUGCCCGGUCAUCUACACGGGCUACAACGACACCCAUCUGAUUCUCAACCACAUCUUGGGCUCAGAAUGCCGCGCAACUUUGGACGAGACAGUGUCGCCGCCGGUAGCUCGCUUCACCUUCCCCCUCAACAAUACGUACGGCUGCGGCAGCACCUUCCUCACCACCAGUGCGCCCGGCACAGGUGUUUUCUCCGACUUCUCCAAUAUCCAGACGGUGAACGUCAGCGGCAUCGUGCGCUCCAUGGACCCUACCAGCGGGACCAUCACCUACAACGCCGAGCUCAAAUACUACUACUCUUGCGCGUAUCCCUUAGAGUACCUCCUUAACAACACGCAGAUCGACGUGUCGGCGUCUUCCAUCGCCAUCAAGGACAACAACGGCAGCUUCCUCAGCACACUGACAAUGGAGCUGUUCCGAGACGCCAACUUUCUCGAGCCCCUGGUGAUCCCCGAACUGGGUCUGGAGCUCCGGACUGACAUUUACGUGGAGGUGAAAGCAACCAACCUGACGGGCCAGUACCACGUCCUGCUCGACCGUUGCUACGCGUCCGUCUCGGCUCUACCGACCAACUCGAGCUUCUUCAACCUCUUCGUGCCGUGCUCCCAGGAUCAGCUCACCACGAUGGUUGAAAAUGGCGAAAGCCAGAGCGCCCGCUUCUAUUUCCCGGCCUUCCGGUUCAUCGAGCAGCAAAACCAGACGGUGUCCACGUACUACCUCCAUUGCAUCACCCGGCUGUGCGAGACCAGCACCUGCGCCACCUUCAAGCAGUGCAACAACCGCCGAAGGAAGAGGGACCUGGUAGACAUCACCGAGCCAUACACCAUCACCUCCCCGUUAGUCAUCACUAAGACCGAGCUCGGCGCGUCCAAGGAGGAGACCCUGCAGGACGGCCCGAGCGACGACUCCUCAGUAGGGCUCGGCGUGGCCGUCGGGGUCCUAGCGUUCGCCUGCAUGGCCGCUUUCUGCGUGGCCGCUGUCUUCUACAAGAGGCUCAGGAACUAA